CUGAAGGACACUUGCUGCUGGCUCUUUGGGGGCCAUAUUUUCACCCCACCCUCAUACUAAGAAGAAACUGACCCUCACUUUGGUGGGAUGAAGCGAGCAUGGCAUCUUCUCCCAUCUUUAUUCCUCAGUUUGAUGCAUGUUUGCCUAGCUCAGGCAAAUUACGCCCCCUAUUUCUUUGACAAUGGAGCCAGGAGCACUAAUGGAAACAUGGCGCUCCUCAACCUUUCAGAAGACACACCUGUGGGUUCACAUGUAUAUACAUUAAAUGGAACUGAUCCAGAAGGUGAUCCGGUAACCUACGGCAUGACCUUUGAAGCAGGGUCAAGAAACUGCUUUGCUGUUGAUGAAAACUAUGGAAACGUUACACUGAUUGAGGAGCUUGACCGUGAGAGAGAAGAUGAGAUUGAAGUUGUUGUCAGCAUCUCAGAUGGUUUAAAUACAGUAGCUGAGAAGGUCAGAAUCCUUGUAACAGAUGCGAACGAUGAGAGUCCAGAAUUUAUCAACACACCUUACAUACUCCAAGUCCUAGAGAACACUCCCUCAGGAAGCAGCAUCUUCAAAACUGAAGCAGUGGACAGAGACAUGGGUUCAGGGGGGAGCAUUACCUACUUUCUACAGAACAUCCAUACAAAUAAGUUUACUAUCGAUCGUCACAGCGGUGUCCUUCGCAUCAAAACUGGGAUCACUCUUGACUAUGAAAAAUCAAGAACUUAUUUUGUUACUGUGGUGGCCAAGGAUGGUGGUGGCAAGCUCCGUGGUCACCAUAAGGUGUUUUCAGUCACAACCACUGUCACAAUCAAUGUGGAAGAUGUUCAGGACACACCUCCAAUGUUUGUCAGCACCCCCUACUAUGGAUACGUCUAUGAGGACACGCUGGCGGGUUCUGAGGUAAUAACAGUUGUUGCUGUUGACGGGGACCGAGGGAAGCCUAAUGACAUUCAUUACUGUCUUGUGAAUGGAAGUGAAGGUUCAUUUGAAAUAAACAACACAACUGGAGCCAUUUCUGUUAUUAAAAGCCCAACUCAGCUGAAGAAAGAAGUAUAUGAACUAAAAAUUCAGGCCUCAGAAAUUAGUCCAGAGGGUGAUGUGACUGCACAUGCCUUUGCCACAGCAACUAUAAGAGUUGUUGACCUCAACAAUCACCCACCAACGUUCUAUGGAGAAAAUGGGCCACAGAACCAAUUUGAACUUACAAUGUAUGAGCAUCCAUCAGAGGGUGAGAUUCUGAGAGGCCUCAAAAUUACAGUCAAUGAUUCAGAUCAGGGAGCAAAUGCUAAAUUCAACCUCCGCCUUGUUGGGCCAGUUGGCAUUUUCCGUGUGGUCCCUCAGACUGUACUGAAUGAAGCACAGGUCACAAUAAUUGUAGAAAACUCUGCUGCCAUAGACUAUGAAAUGUUCCAGGUUUUAACCUUCAAGCUUCUUGCAAUAGAAGUUAACACUCCUGAGAAGUUUAGUUCAACAGCUGAUAUUGCGAUCCAUCUCUUGGACACCAAUGAUAAUGUCCCAAAGUUUUCAUCUGAAUACUACAUUGCUAGGAUUCCAGAGAAUUCUCCUGGUGGCUCCAAUGUAGUGACUGUAACGGCAACAGACCCUGAUUCAGGCCUUUGGGGUGAAAUGAAAUACUCCAUUUAUGGAACAGGUGCAGAUCUAUUUCUGAUCCAUCCAUCCACUGGAAUUAUUUACACUCAGCCAUGGGCUACAUUAGAUGCAGAAGUUAUAUCCAAGUACAACUUCUACGUGAAGGCAGAAGAUACAGAAGGGAAGUAUAGCUUGUCUGAAGUCUUCAUUACUGUGUUAGAUGUCAAUGAUCACUCCCCAGAGUUCAACGAGAACAUCCAGGAAAAAACCAUGAUUAUUGGCUCUCCAGUGAAAGUGGAGGCAAUAGACCAAGAUGCAGAAGAACCCAAUAAUAUAGUUGACUACUCUAUUAUGCAAGCAGAUCCUGCCAAUGUGUUUGAUAUAGACCAAAGCACUGGGGAAAUAAAACUGAAAUCUUACAUAAGAUCCUUGGAUAUCAUUCACAACAUCACCAAGAACAAAGACUGCAUUUGGUCAGUGGUAGUCCAAGCAAAAGAUCGUGGCUCUCCUUCCUUUAGUACCACAGCUGUCCUGAAGAUUGGUAUCACAGAAGAGACUCUUCACAAAGGGCCUAUGGCUGCCUUUUUGAUGCAAACAAAAGAUAACCCCAUGAAAGCCCUAGGAGUGCUAACUGGUGUCAUGGGGGUGAUGGUGGUGAUCACCAUCUUGAUCUCUACUGCCAUGUUCUGGCGCAAUAAAAGAUCCAACAAAAUCAUGCCAUUGCGGCAGAUCAUUAAAAAAAGACAGAACUAUCAGCCCAGGAUGAUCAGGAUGGAGUGGCUGAAAUUCAAGAGAUCCAGCAGUGCUGCUGAGAAGUUUACCAUUCAAGAGGAUGCCAAAAGCCUACAAAAUGAGAAUAGCAAUAACAACUUACAGGUGCGACCUCGACCACCCAGUGCUCCAGACCUACCUCCAACCCCAGCAAUCAAGAGUAAUGCCCCUGAAUGGAGAGUGCCCACAGUAUCAGGAUCCUUGAGCCCCAAGAAAAAGGGCCCUAUCUGCACAUCCCACAAUGCCCUGGUGUCAGAGCUCAAGCAGAGGUUUGAAAUGAGAAAUGCAGCAAACCCUCACAUUUAAUGUAUUCUAAAGCCUGCAUAUGGAGUGUAUGUGUGCCAUUCCAGGUACAUGGUGUGAUUUGUUAUUUGCAUUUUGUACCAAUUUCCCAUCUCCCCUCAUGCUAAAAACACUCAGUAUUUCACAACCAUUUGCAUGGGUUGCAUGCUGGUACUUAGCCUAUUGCCCUGUAUAAUUGUUGUGGUAGUGUGAUGCAGGUUUGUUACUAUUUUUUAUCCAGAUCGCUCAUGCAAAGACUGCUUUUGUGCUACAAUUUGCAAGAUGCCUAUUCUGUAUCUAGCCAAUGCUUUUUAGUAAUUUCCAGUGAUCUUUCUUAAAGCUGUGUUUGAAAUAUUUAAAAAAGUUUGUUCGCAUACCAGAGGCCUCAAGGAGUAGCCAGGUAAGCCUAACAAGCCCUGAGGUUGUCCCAUGCCACCCUCUGAAAUUUGUAGGCCCAGGGGCCAUCUCAGAAAUUGUUUAACCUUAGAAAUUGGUCUGCCCCAGCCAUAAGUUGUGAAUCAAGCCAAAAAUUUACUUGGGCCAGAAUCUGGCAAUAUGCCUAAUCAAAUUGAUGUCAAGCAGCAGAUUAAUGUGCCCCAAUAUGAUAUGCAAUUGAUCCAACCUCCCCAAGAUAAAUUCUUGGGUGCAGAAGAGAGGACAGAUGACUCUGAAGAGCUAUCAUUUCUAGAACGUGCAGGUAAUGCAUAAUACAGCAGCAGUUCCAUCUGAUGGUCUGCACCUAUGGCAAAUAAACCAAAGUUUGUUGUGACAAAAGAAAGGGCAAUUGCAAGUACAGAGACAGCAUCACAGGUAGGGAUGCACAGUGGUACAGUUAAAUAAUUUUAGACUUUGGACUGAAUGGUCUUCCAGCCCGCCCACCCCCUCUCUAUAUGAUGACAUGCACUUUUUCCAGAUGUGGUAAGCCAGCCCUGCUGCACUGGGGGCGGAGGGAAUCUGUUCAUUCUACUGAGUGGAGCCCAAGGCAUCUUCCUCCAAACUCUUGUUCUGACAGCACCACUAGGAGUGUGCAAGUACAUCUGUAUACAUCCUAAAAGGAAUUCAGGCUUUGUGUAUGUUCCAAGCAAAGACACUGUAGCCCCUGCCUCUUCAUGGUAUCUGUCCAUGAAGUAUGCAGGCAAGUAGUAACACAGGGAACAGAAAUGGACAAGGAGACUAGCAAAGCUGGGCAGAACUGGGAGGAUAUCUUGAUUUCAAGGCAAAUUUCUUCUGAGAAAGUACACUUAGGAUCCC